AUGGUCCACCAAAUUCGUACCCCCAACAAGGCCAUUCCAGCCAAGCAUCUGAGUCCCAUGCGGACUGUGGAGGGUCUGGGCGGAAAGUAUGCCGUGUCCAGCAGUCCGGCCGACAGCUUCUUGCGGAACAAUAGGCUCACGGUUCAGAGCAGCUCCCAGAAGCCAUCGGCAGCCUUCAAAUACAACCAAAUGGUCAUCAACAAUCGGGAGCAAUUCAAUGCACUUCAUUUCUGCUAGGAUGACAGAAGGGCUAGCUUCUGGGACCUGGAGAGGCCGGAAUGGAAGGGAUGCCGGACAGCAGUAUCAAUAUACCUAUUACCUGUCACAAAAUAACGCAAUAAAUUAAUUCACAAAAAUUUUCCAAUAA